AUGCUGUAUGAAGCUAUUAAUUUAGCUUCUACAGAAUAUUUAGCAAAGCCAAAUGAUUCUACUCAAGCAAGUUUCUUUGAUGCAAUAGAUAAAAUACCAGAAAUCUUUUCAAAAUCAACAGAAUCGUUUGGAACAAAGCUAACGAAACUUAAAAAUUCGCAAUUCUUUUCUGCAAUAUAUCAAAUGCUGAAAAGUAAAAUUAGUGAUAAUCAGCAAUUGCAAUUACUCAAAUUAAUGGAUUUUUUAAUUACAACGGCUUCGAAAAAAGAAGAUAUAGAAUUCAUAUUUAGCAAUGAUCUGAUAAAUACAAUAAUAUCCUGCAAGUUCAACUGGUCUUUGCAAGAUAAUUUAUUAGCUUACACUUCAUUUCUCAAAAACAUUGCAACUAAACUUCCAACAAUGAACGUUAAUUACAUAUUUACACAAUAUCCAUACUCAUUACCAUUAUAUUUGUAUUCCACAAUUUUUUUGACAAAUCCUGAUUCAAUUGUCGUUUCUGCUGCAAGAUUCGUGAUCCUACAACUUUGUAAUCUUAAAAAUCCAGAGAUUAAUGACUAUAUCGACUAUCAUAUCCCUACACAACAACUAGAAAAAUUAGUAUCAAUCGAUGAAAUAGAAUCUAUCGAUUAUAUUAUAGAUUUACUACGUGUAGCACCACUGAGAUUUACUAAAUCCAUAGAGAAAUACGUUAAAAACAAAUUAAAUUCUUCUGGACCGGAAUACAUGGUAAUUUGUUUCCAAAACUUCAUGGAUUCGCCUCUAAAGUCAAUGAUCAUACAAACAUUGAACGAAAAACUGUUGCAAUAUGAUUAUUCUCAAAUUUUAAAUCUCGGAAUUUUAUUAUAUUCAGUGGAAAACAAAUAUAUGACUCUAGAUACCGCAAUACAGCUAGGAUUUAUUGCUAUUGAGAAGUUCGAAUUCGUUCAAUUGUUUGCUCCGAUAACUUUGUUAAAUCCUAAGCCUCUGGUUUCCGAAAUUCUUAUUAAACUAUCCACAACGAGAUUUAACGCUCUUGUACUUACCAUUUGCCUUAAAAUUUGGGAAAAAAUUUACAAAAAUCAGCCUUUCUUUUUGUAUGACAUUUUACAGGCCAUCGUUAAAGAGAUGAAGAAGAACUUAUCAAUGAAACUCGUGAGAGCAUUCAUUGAACGUGAAGAAGUCAAUAUUAGAACAGAUUUGAAUUUUAUCAAAGAAAAUGUUAAUUAUCCGGAUUACAAUUGGAACAGCGGUAACCUUGCUCCACUUAUAGAUGUCCUUUUAGCCCUACAGCUUUCUAUUUCUCGUUGGACGAAGAUUCCGAUUUCAUUUCAGUUCCCAGAAAUAAAUUUCGAGAUUCCUGAGAUAAGUUUCUCAACAAGCACAAAUAACUCAAUCACCAUAUCAUCAAGUUUUCUUUCUAUUGACAACACAAAAAUAGAAUUAAUGAGAUUUGAUGUAAAACAAGGUAAAACAAAGAGGAAUUUGGAGUUAGUCAUUUUUGAUAGGAAGAAAUUCGGAAGUUUGGAGAAGAAAUCCAGGGAAAUCGAGUUUGAAACAACAACUAUCGCAGAACAGUUUGUUGAAGAAGUAGAAAAGCGUCAAUUGAAUAAUAUACGAGUUCUUUUAGCUGGAUAUGGAUGCUGA